CGCGUGCGUUUCCGGUCCCGGCGUCUCCUGGGCUGGUGCUCAGGGCUUCAGGGAGGCUCGUCAGUUCCCUUCCUCAGCGGCGGUGGCGCCUCCAGAACCCCGAAAUGCCUGUUAAAAGGUCACUGAAACUGGAUGAUCAUUUAGAAGAAAAUUCAUCUGGUCCUUCAAAAAUCAGAAAGAGGAGAAGUAUCACAGCUUACUCUCCAACAACUGGAACUUGUCAGAUGAGCCCGUUUUCUUCUCCCACAAGCUCUGAAAAACCGGAGCAUAGAAAUAGACCAUCAAAUGGAAAGAGCAAAAAAUUGGAUCACCUCAGUUUGGCAGAAAGAAAGGGAAGUCCACCAAAAGACGAUGAUGAAUUCAUGGUGGUCUUCUCUAAAGCUGAGAAGUGCACAGAAGAAAUCACAGAGAUAAUGCAGAGCCUGAAGAGCCUACAGGCUUUACAGGGCAACAAGGAGUUUGAAAACCUCAUUGGCACACCUUGUACAUCACGUUUCUUAAAAAGAGAAGUAAAGAAAGCCAAAGAACUACUGACAAAAGUAACAAAACAAAAACUGUUGGAAAAGAAAAAUUCAGGACUUGCUCACCAAGAAUACAUACAAAACAACCACAGUUCACUAAUAUACCAGUUUUUCAUUGUGGAUCAGGAUGUACAAAGCACUCACAGUUUCUUUCUAAGCAGUGUCCUGGAACUUUGAAAUCACUUAUGACAGUUUGACAUUUGCUCUGCCAUGAGCUUGGGCUUCUGGACAUUUCACAGGAUGGGGAAGUAAGCUAGCAAUUUUCCCACUGGAAAGACACGUCUGCACCUCAGUAAGUGAAAGCAUCAUGGACCAUAAACUAGUGACACCUGGAGGCCAACCAGUGGCGAUUGUUCUGAUGCUGACAUAGACAUGGCCCACAGCCACCUCUGCCCGCAGAGUCACCCUCAGCUGGCCAUGUCUUGGUCUGUGUUGUAGAUACCAUGGACUCCGCUUAUUGGGGACCUCUGGUUACUGUGUGCCCAGUGUGAGGGUCAGCGGGUGUCUACAGGAGCACUGGAAGAUAGCUAUUUGCAUUGUCACGAGAAACAAGACACAAAAAUACUAAUUCACUUGCCCAGAGACACUGCCCCUCAGGGUACAGAGGAGGGUUCUGACCAAGGGUCAGCAUGACCCCAGAAGUAGGCUCUCUUGCUGCUGCUUCCAGAAAUAAGGAAAUCACCCAGUCGCCCAGCUGUGGGAACUCGGCGCAACACAGAACCGCGCAGGGUUGCCCCGGUUGUGGCCUGCAGCGAGCAGUGGGUGUGGGGAGGGCGCAGCAGGCAGCUGCGGCCAGUGCGGGGCACAGGCAGGUGCUUCCUGGAGGCGGCAGCCACUCCUCCUAGGGCCAAGGGAGCUGCUUAGUUAGCAUCACCUCUCCACACUUGACCGGGGCCAGCGCGCUGCAGUGCGAAACGUCAGUGUUUAUUUUCUCCCAGUGGAAAGAAACAUCUCUGUAUGUUGGUGCCAGUAGCUUGAUUUUUCAAAUGUUUAGUUUCUUAGAGCUAUUAGAAUGAGGCGCCAUAGUUGAUGUUUAUCAGCUGUUUUGAGAAACGAGGAAGGGGAAAAUUGUAAAACAAAUCAGUGAACCUAAAGAAAUUUUUCCAAAACUCCUGGUCCUGAAGACGUUCUCCAGGGAGUGCUUUUGUCCCUGAGGUCCUUGUCUAUCCAAGGCAAGAUGAGCCUUCAGGCUGGCAUGCGUCCCUGUAGUCCGCAAGGCUGACCAGCCCGCUGUCGUGCUUCCCAGAGGGCUGGGUUUCCUUCAUUCACAGAGGAAGUUGCACCACUAGGUCGUGUAUUUAACUUUCUAAUAAGCACGGAUUACCUGUCAUGUUUAAAUGAAAACUGAAUUCUAGGGGCUGGGGAUUUAGCUCAGCGGCAAAAGC